UCGUGUGGCAGGCACAGCUAUGAUGGCAGCCGUAGGUUGACAUCGAUACAUUACCGAAUAUAAAGUAUUUAAAAGUUAGCGCAAAACCCCUUACACAAUAACAUAGACAUAUUAACAGUUUGCAGAUAGCACACACUUAAACACACACCCGCCCGGUUCGGGGAACGUGGCACUAUGCCCGCUGCCACUGUGGAUCACAGUCAAAGAAUAUGUGAGGUUUGGGCAAAUAACCUGGAGGAGGAGCUGAAGAGGAUCCGACAUGUCAUCCGAAAAUACAACUACAUUGCUAUGGACACAGAGUUUCCAGGUGUAGUAGCCAGGCCGAUCGGAGAGUUCAGGAGCAACGCCGACUAUCAGUACCAGCUACUGCGCUGCAAUGUAGAUCUGCUCAAGAUAAUCCAGCUGGGCCUCACGUUUAUGAAUGAACAAGGGGAAUACCCUCCGGGAACAUCGACAUGGCAGUUCAAUUUUAAGUUUAACCUCAUAGAAGAUAUGUAUGCACAGGACUCCAUCGAGCUCCUGACCACUUCAGGGAUUCAGUUCAAGAAGCACGAGGACGAAGGCAUCGAGGCGCUUUACUUUGCAGAGCUGAUGAUGACGUCAGGUGUGGUGCUCUGUGACGGGGUCAAGUGGCUGUCUUUCCACAGGUACUCUAGUGGCUAUGACUUUGGAUACCUGAUCAAGAUUCUGUCCAACGCUAACCUGCCUGAGGAGGAGGUGGACUUCUUUGAGAUUCUGCGCCUGUACUUCCCCGUCAUUUACGAUGUCAAGUACCUCAUGAAGAGUUGUAAAAACCUGAAGGGCGGGCUGCAGGAAGUGGCUGAGCAGCUGGAGCUGGAGAGGAUCGGACCGCAGCACCAGGCCGGCUCCGACUCCUUACUCACAGGCAUGGCUUUCUUCAAGAUGAGAGAGAUGUUCUUCGAGGAUCAUAUCGACGAUGCAAAGUACUGCGGCCACCUGUACGGGCUGGGCUCCGGCUCCACCUACGUCCAGAACGGGACGGGGAAUGCUUACGAAGAGGAGGCCAACAAACAGCAGUCGUGACACCCGCCCCUCGCCCCGCGGUCCACAUGCACCAUCAGUGUGACCCCAACCGGACGAUUAUCAACAUAUUGGAAUAACAAAAAAAGCUCUCGCAUCAUUUAGCAAGCUGCUUCUCAUAGGCUCUGCUCACCUUAGAUACUUUAAGGAAAGUCACAGCUGUCCUCACACAUGCUAGCUUCGUGUGUGUGACUUUUAUUCCUUAGAAUCGGUGUACACGUUCUGGUGGAGUUUAGAAUAUUUAAGAGGAUGGGAUUUUAGUUUUCCUAAAAAAAAACGUUCUGUAGAAAUGUUUUGCACUUUAAAAGCUCUAACCUGAUUUUAUAUGGAAAGCUGAAAAAUGUUUCUGGUGUCUCUCUCCUCUUUGUUGCCUUUUCUACGUUCCCGUUUGACACACAAACCUUUAGUCUCACAACAACCUCGCUCAGCCUUAAAAUGAGCUGCUUAUAUUUUAAACUUGAAUUUAUUGUGCCCUCUGUCAUUGGAGCUUUGUAUGAUAAUGAUAAAGGGAGUCAGUGUGUUUA